AUGCCUCUUAAUAACGUCAUCGAAGUCAAAACUGAUCAAAAUGGUCAUAUCAGGCUUACUGGUGGCACUGAUGCGGCAGUGUUAAACAUACUUUCGAAGGUUUUAGACUUCCAGUUUAACUUAAGCAUUCCCGAAGACAAAGAAUGGGGUCGUUUGGCCGCGGAUGGACACUGGACAGGUAUGGUUGGCAUGGUUAUGAGAAGCGAGGCUGAUCUCGCAAUAUCCUUGAUAAGCAAAGAUGGAGAGCGCGAAAGCGUUAUUGAUUUUUGUGAGCCAAUUCUAUACAAUGAGUUAACUUUCGUUACGCAUUUGCCAAGAACUCGGAAUAGAACGUUAGCAUUUAUUUAUCCUUUUGAUUAUAUCACCUGGAUAUGUUUGGCAUGUGCUAUUGUUUUUAUGCCUUUUCUGUUUCAGUUAAUUUAUCAAAAAACAAAACUUUAUUCAGAUUUGUUUUUAGGCGUUUAUGCCAGUUUAGUUCGACAAGGUGUAAAUGAAAACAUAUUUGGCGGUAGAUUGCUUACUUGCUUCUGGUGGUUGGCGGCGAUGAUAAUAUCAUUUAGUUACACAAGCGUGCUGUUUUCAUUUUUAGCAGUUCCACUUGUCGAUCAGCCUGUACGGUCAUUUCGUGAACUUGCUAUGGCCGUUGAAGUUGGCCGAUAUAAGGCGCUGGUCAAUCGUGGUACUCUACUUAUACCAGUAUUUAAGAGCAGUCAGAAAGAGGAUUUAAUAAAAAUUGCCGAAGUGAUGGAAAAAAAUGACUGGUUCGUAAAUAUUAUUGAUUACUUGAGCGAAAAAUAUUUUGAUGGUAAAACAGCCUUUAUUGGACCGAGAUCUCUGUUUCAAUUUAGGUUUGGAAAAGCACCAUUGACAACAAAGUAUAUCUCUGAGGAUACUGCUAUUACUAUUGAUUCUAGUAUAAUAACUGGUAAAAAGUUUUGUUGUAAGAAGGCGAUUGAUCUUACAAUUCUUCGCAUGAAAAAGACAGGUAUACUACUGAAAAUAACGAACGACCAACUGUUUAAAUCGUGGCUACAUGAAACAAGCAAAAAACGCGCAUCUUCAACAGAGCAUAGCAUUUCCUUAAAUGAUAUUAUUGGUCCGGUUGCUUUACUUUCAAUCGGUAUUGGUUUAUCAAUAGUCAUUCUAUUUGCAGAAAUAAUUUGUAAGAAGACCUUUGGCUAA